UUGUCAACUGGCAAAAGUCACACAAGGAGCUCGAGCGACCUGUUCGGAUUUUAGUUAGAUUACAUUCAACCGUUUAUUUACGUUAAUAAUGGCAGAGGACAGAGCUGAACGUUCCGAUGGACGGAUAGUGAAGAUGGAGGUUGACUACACAGCCACUGUCGAUCAGCGUCUGCCUGAGUGUGAGACAAUGGCCAAAGAGGGCCGACUACAGGAUGCUGUUGAAAGUCUGUUGUCUUUAGAAAAGCAGACGAGAACUGCCUCAGAUAUGGUCUCCACUUCCAAAAUUUUAGUGGCGAUAGCUCGGAUGUGCUAUGAAGCCAAGGACUGGGAUGCAUUGAACGAAAACAUCAUGCUACUGUCUAAGAGGAGGAGUCAGCUUAAACAGGCUGUUGCUAAAAUGGUGCAGGAAUGUUAUACCUACGUUGAUGCCGUGAGUGACCUCACGAUCAAACUCAGACUCAUCGACACACUGCGCACUGUCACUGCUGGAAAGAUAUAUGUGGAAAUUGAGCGUGCCAGGCUGACUAAAAUACUGGCCCACAUCAAAGAACAAAGUGGAGAUGUGAAAGAGGCUGCAUCCAUUGUGCAGGAGCUGCAGGUGGAGACGUAUGGCUCUAUGGAAAAAAAGGAGAAGGUGGAGUUCAUUCUGGAGCAGAUGAGAUUGUGCAUUGCUGUCAAGGAUUAUAUUCGCACACAGAUCAUCAGCAAAAAGAUUAACACCAAAUUCUUCCAAGACGAAGGCACUGAGGAAUUGAAGCUUAAAUAUUAUAAUUUGAUGAUUCAAGUUGACCAGCAUGAGGGCUCCUAUCUGUCCAUAUGCAAACACUACCUAGCCAUUUAUGACACUCCCAGUAUCCUGGAAGACAACCUGAAAUGGCAGCAGGCUCUGAAGAGUGUUGUCCUCUAUGUGAUUUUGGCUCCUUAUGACAAUGAACAGUCUGAUCUAGUUCAUAGAAUCAGCACUGACAAGAAAUUGGAAGAUAUCCCAACAUACAGGGAUCUCCUGAAGAAGUUUACCACUAUGGAGCUAAUGAGCUGGUCAUGCGUUGUUAAGGAUUAUGGGAAGGAGCUGAGAGAGAGUUCUAUGGAAACCCCUGACACUGAUGUAUUUACCGACUCAGAAGAGGGAGAGAAAAGAUGGAAAAAUCUGAAAAACAGAGUGGUAGAACAUAACAUCAGAAUUAUGGCAAAAUAUUACACAAGGAUCACAAUGGAGAGGAUGGCGGGACUGCUUGACCUCUCAGUUGAUGAGUCUGAGGAGUUCUUAUCAAACCUGGUGGUCAAUAAGACAAUCUAUGCGAAGGUGGACCGUCUGGCUGGUGUUAUUAAUUUUCAGCGGCCCAAAGACCCCAACAAUCUUCUGAAUGAUUGGUCUCACAAACUUAACUCUCUCAUGUCUCUUGUCAACAAAACUACUCAUCUCAUUGCCAAGGAAGAGAUGAUCCACAACCUCCAGUAAAGCUAGUCAUGAUAUUAUUUGUAUAGUUUUGCUCAAAUACUUUUUAUUUUACCUUGAAACAUCUGAUUGUUAAACAUUCAUGUUCAAAACUUUGAUUUUGUAACUGAAUUAUUUUUUGUAUUCAAAAGAAUCUGCUCCCAGUGGUUUCUGGUAAAUGUUUUUUGGCAAUGAA